CUCGCUGUUUCUGUGAACGACUUCUGCAUGAUGAGCUGCAAAAAGAAGGGCAAUUUCACGCGUAAAGCUCUUUUAUACUUCAUGUGGUAAACCUUACAAAUUAAAUCCAGUUGUAGAGUCCACAACCAGGAUGCCGUCCAACAAAGAUUUUACCAUGUCCAUUCUGGUGGGUGGGGUAGAACUGCCUGAAUAUUCAAAAGAUGGAACAUGUUUUGUGGAGAGCAAUCUCUUUACUCCUGUCAGCUAUAACGUCCAUUUGGAAGAAGAAGUUCAGGGAGAGACAGAGGCUCAGAGCUGGCCAGUGACUCCUUAUCAGAUCCGUGUAGCUGCCAAAUCUAACACUCCAUACAGUUACUACAAGAUCUAUGUAGAUGGGCAAAAGGCCUCACAAGUUGCUGUUCAUCCAGGAAAACAGUGUAUAUCUGAGGGCUUUUACGACGGAUCGCAGAUAACUGAGUUCUUAUUUUCACUGCCCCGCUUCCCGAAGAAUGAGAAAGACCGAAUCGAGAAGGGUAAGGCAUCUAGAAUCGGUGUGCUGGAGGUUGAGUGCUGGAACAGCAAGGUGACUGGGUACAAGAGGCCGGUCACACACGACAUGGAGUACAGCCAGGCCAACAAGAAGGACAGCUCCAACGUCACACAAGGUCAAUACAUGAUGGCCACAACCAAGAUGGGGAAAUCUUUAAGAACAACCCAGAAGUCCUUAGUGGAGGACUGGACAUUGUUCAAUGUGCGAAGCAAACUUUCAGUGAAAUAUGUAAUGGGACACUCUCUCAUAGACAUGGGCUUCAAGCUCAAACCAAUCAGGAUACCCAUACACCGGAUACCAGCUAGUGUUGUCCAUCAACCUACCUCAGUUGCCAAGCGGAAAAAACCAGGACCUCUAUCCAAGAAAUUCCCUGUCCCCAGUUCAAGUAUCCCAGACCCUGUAGCGUCAGAAGUGAUUGAGAUAGACAGUGAUGACAGUGAUGAAGAGGUUAUGGUUGGAGAUGUAGUCAGUUCAAAGAAACAAAAGCUGGAGGAUGCAAUUGAUGUGGAUGAAUCGAUGACUUCAGAAGCUGAGGGCACUAGUGGCGAAAUAGAUAUCAAGACAGAAGCGAAAGAGGAUGGUGAUGAAGAGGAUGCUGCAAAGGAAACAGAAUCCAAAGAUGAUGAUUCCAAAAGUGACAAUAAUGAGGAAGAAAUGGAGACAGAAGGCAGUAAAGAUGACAAUGAGGAGAAGGAAGCUGAGGACGGAGGUGAUGGAAAAGAAAGAGAUAAGGAGAAGGAAGCGGCCAAGUCAGGUGACAACAGUGAGGCAGAAGGUGGAGAUGGUGUUGAUGCUGAUGGAAAGGAAAAUGGUGAAGAGAAAGGGGAAAGUGAAGGCAAAGGAGAUGCUGAUAGUGAGAAAGGAGAAGACGGAGGGAACAGUGAUGACAAACCAGCUGACAGUGUCAACAGCAGUAACAAAGGGGAAACUGAGGCAGGGGGUAGUGGGGACGCCCCAGGUGAGAGUGUAGACAGUAAUGAUGGUGAAGCUGAGGCAGGUGAGAGUGGGGAUGCCCCAGGUGAGAGUGAAGACAGUAGUAAGGAAGGUGAAGCUGGGGUAAACGCGAGUGAAGAAAAACCAGCCGAGAGUGUAGGACGUAGUAAAGAAGGUAAUGGUGAGCCAGGAGAAAGUGGGGAGACACCUGACGUUCCAGAGGAAAGCAUGAGUACAUCAGAGGUGAAGGGUGAUGAAGAGAAUACAAAGGAGGAUGACGUUGAGAAAUGUGAGGAUAAGCAGAAAGAUGAAGAAGGGGAUAACAGCAGAGAGGGACAGGAAAAUGGGGAUGAUUCAAAUGGACAAAAUGACAGCGCUGAAAAUGAA